AUGGAUCUUGUACAGGAGCUCAUUGUGGGCGUUGACCAGGCAGACGUGGAGGGCGGCCACAGACGCGCGCCGGCUUCCUUGUUAUCUUCUUCGCCGGCGCUCGAGGCCUUCAGUGCGCCUACCCCUGCCGCUCCUUCCGCUGCUGCACCGCCGCGACGCACAAAGAUGGUGUUCGUGUACAGCGACGAGGAUGACGGGGACGGUGGUGAUGGCUGUGAGGGCCACGGAGCGACGCGAUCUGAGAGUGGAGUAGCGGAGGUGUUGUGUGAUGACGACGCCAUUGCCGUCUCGGCGGACGCGCUGGCGGAGUUGCAAGCAGAGGCGGCGACGAUGACGGCAGUUGUGACGGCUCACCCGCAGACGUCCCUGCUAGACGGCCAAGGAGACGUUAACCGCAUUUCCUUUGAAGAGGAUGUGGUGAGUGGGCUGAUUGGUGGUGCCUCUGCCCCUUUCGCCACCGCCGGAGGGAUGCGAGUGAGAGAGGUAGCAGCGCCAGGGUUGUGGGAGGGCGCCGUGGCGCCGGCCAUGUCUUCUGGUAUUGACGGCAGCAGCCCAGACGAGGUGCCUCCUCUCCUGCGCCGGGGACUUCCGGCAGCCGCCUUUCUUCUCCAGUCCCGACGGAAGCGUUUUCGUGAAACGCCGGCGUCUGGCGGUGAUGUGGCUCAGCCGUUGCCCAAGAGCGCUGUCGAGGCUACGGGUGCCGGCGAGUCUGCGACGAUGAGUGCUGCAGGGGCGGCCGAGUCGUCCCCACAUGAUUCAUUUCCCUCAGAGCUGCACGUGGGCCACCCCCAAGGGGGGCAGCAUGGUAGCGGGAGCUCUAUUGGCGACGACAGUGACAGCGUCGAGAUCGAGGUGGAGGAGGAGAUCGACAUGUACCCCGUGUACGAGGAUGACGGCAUGACGGUGCGUGCUCUGCGAACACGUGGUGGGUACGAGCUUACCUUGGACGAGCGCGACUUGCUCGAAGACGUAGCAGGGGGAGAUGAGAAGGAUGCGGCGGCGGACGGCGCUGCGUCCUCACCCUGCUCGGCGCCCCCCUCCGCCGCUGCUACAGUCGAAGAGGACGAGGAGGCUGAUGAUGACAAUAAUGACGAGCACGAUUAUGGUGUGCCAUUCGUCGCAAAGGUUGACCAGACAGCCAAUUCGGCAGCUGCAGCUGCGGCAGAAAGCGAAGAUGUGGCUGCAGACACAGACUUGCCGGUGGAGGCAGAGGCGGAGGAAUGGAGUCACCUCGACUUCGACGACGAGGACGAGGACGAAGAGGAGGCGGCGCUGGACGAGGUAGUCCUUGUCGCGGUGGUGGAGCAGCUACUGCAGUGCUGCGAGGCUGACGACUUGGACCCACAGAUGAGCGCCGAGGCGGCCCGCUUCAUCUCUGCCGCCAAGCCGCUGCUUGAGCAGCUGACCAAGGAGGUGAUCAGUCCAGCCGAGUUUGUUCAGCGCAUGGAUCGUGACCUGCGCCGCUUCCAGCGCAUCUACAAGAGUGUCUACCGUCCCCGUGACUCGCCGGUUGUCAUUGAAGGCGUCGUGACGGAUUUGUGA